AUGGAUACAAUUGAUGAUGACAGUGAGGCAGAAUCAGAUGAUAAUGCAGCCAAGAAAGCUCAGCUUUCCAAACAAAGGGCUGAGCAAGAGAAGAAGAAGGCCCGGAAGAAGAAGAAGGCUCAAGCUGAAAAAAAGGAGAAGGCUGAGUUGCAGUCUCUGGCCUUUGGUAUUGGACGUGGUGUAAAGGCUGGUGGCGAAAAUCGCAAGGCUGGGGGUACAGGUAAUGACUGGGAGAAAUGGAAGGAGAAGGACCAGAAGUUGGCAGAUGUUACAUUUGAGAAUGACAUGGAAGAAGCAAUCCUCCUGUCCAAAAUGGAUUUUGAGCAACGGAAGUUACUCCGGGAAGCCCCUGAAUCCCCGAAGGGAAAGAAGUCCUCUAAGAAGAAAGACAAACCUCAUACUCUUUCCAUAAAUGAGUUCAACCAGCUUGGAGCAGCUGAUGUGAAGCGGUUCUGUAAUGGAGAAGAGGUGACUACUCAGGUGAGGAUCUCUGAAUCCACUCAAGACCACAGCAAACCAGACAAAGAUGAGUUCUUUCAGCAGAUUGAGGAAGACACUAGGAAGGCCCUCCGACGGGAGCAAAUCCUUGACUCCUGUCGAGAUCAAGCAUCAUUGUCCUCAGUUCAAUCCAUCCUGGUGAAGGAGGAGCUGGGGAAAAAAGACAAGGAGCUAGAACAGUGCAAUGAGGAAAUACAGCGCCUCAAGGAGGAACUCCUUGCUGUCAAGAAGCGCAACAAGCGACUCUGCAACAUCCUUGCUCAGGGAGAGAUGAGGGAGAAGGCAGAGAUUCUCCUCGAGAUGGAGAAAGUGAAGCAAGUGAAUGAGGAGUUGACAACUCAGGUUCAAGAAUUGGUGGAACAGCUGGAGCAGGAGAAAAGCAAGGUUCAUCACCUCACUGAUGACCUCCGAAAGGCCCAGAAAAUGUGCGCAGAACUGCUUAGGGUUCUUAGGGCUCAGGGGCCUUAUCAAUAG